CACUGUGAAAUUUGUUUUCCUGAAGAUCUACAAUAUACCGAAGGUCUGCUCUCAGUGAAAGGUCCACUCCAGGGGGGAGGGGAGAGGGUACUUAAAAGUUCACUCAGUCUAGGAUCUUUUGUGUAACAUUGUGAACUUAGCGCGUCGCAAACUCUCGGUGCUAAACACAACGAUUGACCUGCUCAGGCAUCGAUGAUGUAUCUGGCUCGUAAAAAUUAAGGCGGGAGAAAUAUAUUUGGAUCAUAGUUGACAUGUCUGCAUCUAAAAGGGAGUGAUUUGUCACGAUGAAAACCUUGAGAGUAUCAUACUUGGCUAAAUUUAAACCUGUUCAAGUAACUCGGAACUUUAAAUAUUCAUCGCUAAAGACAGGGAAAAGAAAGAGCGUGGGAGAGUUUAUUUGCGUGCUAUAACACACGACGCUGAAUUCACGCUUUCAAACUACAGAUGAGGAUUUUGUUUUGGUUAAUCGCAGCUUUGGGCGGCUCGCUGGCUUGUUUUCCGGCAGAAAAUGCACCGAAACUUGGUCGAUGGUGCUGUAUAUCAGACGCUGAAGUCGAAAAAUGUCAAGCUUUAGCACACGUAGCGUCACGCGUCGUGACAUCAAACGAGACAGUCAAUCUAACGUGUGUGAGAGGGGAUGGCGUGACGGACUGUAUGUCACGCAUUCAGCGUGACGAGGCAGACUUGGUCACUUUAGGCGAGGAAGAUAUCUACAUUGCAGGAGCGAAGUACGGCCUUCGGCCGGUAGUCGCCGAAGACUACGGCAGCAAAGAUAAACACAUUCAUUACGCCGUUGCACUGGUCCGUAGCACAACCACAGUCAACAUCACAACGCUCAAAGGGGCGAUCACCUGUCACCCCCGUGCUGAGGACAUGAUUGGCUGGAAGAUUCCGGUGGGUUUCCUUAUAUGGAAGAAGCUAAUGCAGCGGAAGGAUUGUGAUGUGUACAACUCCGCGGGGGAAUUUUUCGGGAAGAGUUGCGUCCCAGGAGUCUUUGACGCCGCAAAUAAUCUCAAUAACACUAAGCUUCCCUCCCUCUGCGGCGCGUGCUCUAAUCCGACUUGUCCUGGAGACGAAUCUGAGCGUUACUAUGGAUACAAUGGGUCUUACGUGUGCCUCGUGGAGGGGAGGGGUGAAGUAGCGUUUGUCCGUCACACCACGGUGUUUGAGUACACAGGUGUUAUCAAUGAUCUCAAUCCGGGGUUUGACUUCAAAUUGCUGUGCCCGGAUGGAACUGUCAAAGGUGUUGGAUAUUACGAGGAAUGUAACCUGGCCACCAUUCCCGCCCGUGUCGUCAUGACAACAGACUCGAGCCCAGACUUCUGUCGCGUGCGACGGUAUCGCUCUUUCCUGCUCGAGUUUCAAUCAAUCCUUCUAGAAAACCAAACUCUGUUCGAUCUUUUUAACUCGUCUGUAUACAAUGGCACAGAUUUGUUAUUCAAGGAUACUACUAAAAGACUAGUAGAUGUUUAUGAUAGAAACACAACUGAGAAAUGGCUCGGGGAGCGCUAUUACGGUGCUUUGAAUGCGCUGAACUCGUGUGAACUGCCUACAGUCGUUACUAGGACAGUGUCAUCUAGCGGACAAACGCGGCCGAGAAACUAUACAGGUGUCCAGGCUCUUAUGUUAGUCUUAUGGUAUUUAGGGUAUUAUAAUCAAAUAUGGAAUAUAUGGUGAAAAUAUAUGUACAGACUACCGUAUCGGUUUUUUAUAUGUAUAUAUUUAAUGUAUUUAGAUUGUUAUAAAUUAUCCAUAGCUGCUUACUGCAUUUCAAACGGGCUUCAAUGAAAUUUUUAAAAGGG